AUGUCCCAACACCAGGCAAAGAAAACUGCGGAGGCAAAAGACAAAACAGCCUUCUUUGCGGCCAGAACGCCUCAGCAUAAACUCGCCGAUCCCCAGGCCCAAGAUGGCGCCGACCCAGAUGAAGAUGCUGAACGCGACUACACAGUGAGUAAACAGGAAGAUAGCCCACUAACACAAGGCUUCCUGUAAAUCAUGCUAGACGCAGCGGUUACCAAGAUGCAAACCGCUGUUACAGAAGCAAAAAAUGACCUAAAAAAGGGCCUCACUGACCUGGAAGCAAGGGCCUCCCACCUUGAGGGCAACAUAGAAAGCCUUACAGGGGCUCAAAUUGAGACAGAAAAGCGCCUCAGCAAACUGGAAGAACAACUUUACAACCACGAGACUAAAAUUGCUGAUGCAGAAGACAGAUCACGCCGCAACAAUUUACGCCUGAGGCAUGUACCAGAAGAUGUAGGAGCACAAGACCUAACGGCCUAUUCGGUAGAUGUUCCGAGCGUUACUGCCUGA